AUGACUUUUCCUUCUUACAAUGAAACCCACGAUUCCGGACGGCAUCACUACGGAUUCUCCAACGGAGGCGUACACAAACAUCGACGAUUUCUGACGUCAACGCCCAACCAAAUGGGGUAUCUUAAUACAGGCUAUUCGCCGCUCAUGCUACGACCUAUGCAAAGAAAACCAAUUAGGGUAACUCCUUCGCCAGUCGAUGUUUUUGCUGCCCAACAUUUCACGGUCACACCCAUCGACCAAUCGGCUGUGGUCGGAGACACUGUUACAUUCCAUUGCACAAUUGCUGAGAAAAAAGGUUAUCUCACGUGGUUACAAGAUGGGAGUCCGCUGAAUUUUGACACAGCAAUGAGCACAUCUAAUGCUGACUAUUCAAUUGUGUAUAGUAUCUCAACUGAAGGCGAAGCUUUCAAUUUACAAAUUUCGAACGUUGGGCAUGAUGAUGCCAAGAACUACCAAUGUACGGUGACACAGGGAGGUGGUGACAGUGGCGUCAUAUCUACACAAGUUUCAUUGACAGUGACUGACAGCGUUCCCCAAAGCUUCUCCAGAACUCCAAGUGACGCUACUAUAUUGGUUGGCAACUCAGCUGUAGUGGAAUGUGCAAUCAGCGAUAAAGAAGGCACUGUCAUUUGGUCAAAGGACGGAGUUGACAUUAGCAGCGACGCCACGAUCACCAAUGGUGAUAACAGGUUUUCAAUUACUGGGAACCAAAACAAUGGAGAAUAUAAUCUACAAAUUGUAAACGCAGACACUCAAGACGCUGGGACAUACGCUUGUCGUGUGACAGCUUCCGGUACCAGUGCUCAAAUUGGACCUAUCCCAGCAUUAUUGAGAGUUCAAGAGCUCCAGUCAUUUGUUAUUCAACCUGCUAGCACUGAUGCCCUGGAAGGCAGUGACGUCACGAUAUUCUGUUCUGUCAGUAACAAAGCAGGACAGUUAGUAUGGUCAUUGAACGGUGAAGACAUAAGUUCUGAUUCUACAAUUUCAACAUUUACAUCCGGGUACACCAUAAAUAGUCCGAUUCCAUCAGUUGAUUACAAUUUGAAGAUUGAGUCGGUGAGACAAGAGCAUGCUGGUAAUUACGUGUGUUCAGUGACAUCCGCCAAUGGUCUUCCGGAAAUAACCAGUGAUACUGCUGUUCUGACAGUUUUCGAACACCCCACUGAACUUCCAACUGAACGACCAAUCAGGAGUACCACCGACCAUUCAACCACACGUGGCACUGACUAUCAAACUUUACAUCUAAAUGAACAUCCAGUUGUAUGGCCGAUCGAAAGUAGCAUCGAAGUUACAAUUGUACGUGCCACCGAACGCCACACUGAACUUUCGACCGAAAGUGUCACCGAACGUUCAACCGAACGAACAAUUGAGAGUACCACAGAACACUCAUCUGAAAACGCCACCCAACUGUGUGAGACUGAACGAGACGAACCAGCAGCAAUAUUACGUUGGAUUCAAGAUGGCGGUGACGUGCGAGAAGGUAUCACCCUAGAAACCAGCACAGCAAUCCGAGUUGGUCUAUUCCUGACCAUAACAGAGCACCUACAGGGGUCAGUAUUCACCUGUGAAUCAACACAUCCAACACUUCAUAUCAAAGAGGCAUGUCAGGUUGGACCAAUUGAAGUAGACAGUUCACGGACUGAAAUAAAACUGUUCUCAAAGGAGGCAGAGAAAUACGCCAAAGUUGGAGAGCAUAUCAUCAUGGAAUGCAGCAUUCAAAAUAAGCUGGGUACCAUUCAGUGGAUUAGAGAUGGUCAUGUGAUCAGUAGUGAUACUGUCAUGAAAGAUAACGAACAUGAAUUCUCGAGGUACUUCAUUGGAGGUGACCAAUCCAUUGGUGAAUAUUACUUGAAUAUCGACAGAGUCAGUAAACACGACGCUGGGAUAUACUAUUGUUUACUGUCAUCGUAUGUGGACAGACUGCCAUUGGUCUCAUCAAAAGAUAUUCGACUACAAAUUGCGGACCCCAUCCCACCAGAAAGUAUAUAUCCGCAAUGCACAAUAUCCAGUAAUUACGUCAUCGAGGGAGAUACGGUGCUACUGACCUGUAUAUCUAAAGGUGGUGACCCUCCAGCAACUUUACAAUGGGACAAAAAUGGAAACAACCAAGACGGCAUUCAUAUAGAUGAAUCAACACUAUCACUGCAUGUCAACAUAAGCAACGAAAUCAAUGGUGCAACAUUCACUUGUACGUCCAAACAUUCAACAUUUAACCAAUCACAUACGUGUGUAAUUGGACCAUUGAAAGUUACCAGUGACGGAACAACGAUGUUUGCGACGAGUGUUAAAUGCGUUAUAUACUCUGUUUUAGUUUGUAACUUAGUUCUCGCAGCUCAACAUUUCACGGUCACGCCCAUUGACCAAUCGGUUAUGGUCGAAGGCCUUGUGAUAUUCCACUGCACGGUUGCUGAAAGAAAAGGCCAUCUCACGUGGUUGCAAAAUGGAAGUCCAGUGGACACAACCAAUCGUGAUUAUUCAAUUAUUUACAGUACCUCUUCUGACGGAGAAGCUUUCGAUUUACAAAUUAUGGAUGUUGAGCAUAAUGAUGCCAAGAACUACCAAUGUAGUGUAGCACAUGGAGGUGGUGAUAGCGCGAUCAUCUCCGGACAAGCUUCUUUGACAGUGACAGAUCCUCAAAGGUUCCAUACGAUUCCAAGUGACAUUACUGUACUGGCUGGUAACUCAGCUGUAUUGGAAUGUGUCGUCAGCGAUAAAGAAGGCAUUGUCAUCUGGACAAAGAAUGGUGAGGACAUUAGCAGCGACGCCACGAUCACCAAUGGUGAUAACAGGUUUUCAAUUACUGGGAACCAAGAUAAUGGAGAAUAUAAUCUACAAAUUGUAAACGCAGACAUUCAAGACACUGGGAUAUAUGAAUGCCGUGUAACAGCUUCCGGUCAGAGUGCAAAAAUUGGUCCUGAUACAGCAUCAUUGGCAGUGCAAGCACUGCAGUCAUUUGAUGUUCAACCUGCUAGCACAGUUAUCCUUGAACGCAAUGACGUUACGCUAUUCUGUUCUGUUAGUGACAAAGCAGGGCAGUUAGUGUGGUCAUUAAACGGUGAAGACAUAAGUUCUGAUUCUACAAUUACGACAUCUAUAUCCGGGUACACCAUAACGAGUCCGACUCAAUUAGUUGAUUACAAUUUGAAGAUUGAGUCAGUGAGAGCAGAGCAUGCUGGUAAUUACGUGUGUUCAGUGACAUCCGCCAAUGGUCAUCCAGAAAUCACCAGUGACACUGCUCUUUUAACAGUUGAAAUAAGGGACCCCCAAAGCUUCCUCACGACUCCAAAUGACACUACUAUACUGGCUGGUAAUUCAGUUGUAAUGGAAUGCGCCGUCAAAGAUAAAGAAGGGAUUGUCAUCUGGACAAAGUCCGGUGUUGACAUUAGCAGCGACGCCACGAUCACCAAUGGUGAUAACAGGUUUUCAAUUACUGGAAACCAAGACAAUGGAGAAUAUAAUCUACAAAUUGUAAACGCAGACUCUGGGGUUUAUGGAUUGUAUACUUGUCGUGUGACAGCUUCGGGGAGGAGUGAACAAAUUGCUUCUAGUUAUGCAAUUUUAAGAGUACAAGAACUGCAGUCAUUUGUUGUUGAGCCGGUUAGCACAAACUGUCUAGAAAGCAGUAACGUCACGCUAUUCUGUUCUGUCAGUAACAUAGCAGGGCAGUUAGUAUGGUCAUUGAACGGUGAAGAUAUAAGUUCCAAUUCUACGAAUACAACAACUACAUCCGGGUAUAUCAUAAAUAGUCCGACUCCAUCAGUUGAUUAUAAUUUGAUGAUUGAGUCAGUGAGACCAGAGCAUGCUGGUAAUUACGUGUGUUCAGUGACGUCAGCCAAUGGUCAUCCAGAAAUAACCAGUGAUACUGCUGUUCUGACAGUUGAACACCUACAAGAUUUUAUUACUGAGCCUUUGAGUAUUAUGGAACAUAAAGGCGAUGACGUAACACUAUUUUGUUCUGUAAGUAACAAAGCAGGGCAGUUAGUGUGGUCAUUGAACGGUGAGGACAUAAGUUCUGAUUCUACAAUCACGACAUCUAUAUCCGGGUACACCAUAAACAGUCCGACUCCUUCUGUUGAUUACAAUUUGAAGAUUCAGUCAGUGAGAGCAGAGCAUGCUGGUAAUUACGUGUGUUCAGUGACGUCAGCCAAUGGUCAUCCAGAAAUAACUAGUGAUACCGCCAUUCUGACAGUAGAACCACCUCUUCCUACAUGUGCACCAAGUACAGUAAGUACACUUAUAAUUGGAGAAAACCUGAUCUUAGUAUGUGAAACCGAACGAGACGAACCGGCAGCAAUAUUACGUUGGAUCCAAGAUGGCGGCGAAGAGCAAGAUGGUAUCACCUUGGAUACUGACACAGAAAUUCGAGUUGGAUUAGUGCUGACUAUAACAGAAGAAUUACAGGGGUCCGUAUUCACCUGUGAAUCAAUCUAUCCAACACAUCACACCAAUCUAACAUGCCAGGUUGGACCACUCGCAGUAGACAUUUUGCAGACAGAAAUAAGACUGUUUUCAAAAAAAGACAACAUAUAUGCUAAGGUAGGAGAGGAUAUCACUAUGGACUGCACCGUUCAAAAUAAAUUAGGCACCAUUCAUUGGAUUAAAGAUGGUCAGGUGAUCAGUAAUGAUACAAUCAUUAACAAUGACGAAAAUUACGUAACAAGGUACUUCAUUGGAGGUGACCAAUCCAUUGGUGAAUUCAACUUGAAUAUCAACUCAGUCAGUAAACCUGAUACUGGCUCAUAUUAUUGCUUACUAACAUCAAGUGUAGAGGAACUGCCAGUGGUCUCAUCAAACGUCAUGCAACUGAACAUUGGGGAUGCCAUUCCACCAGAAGAUAACUAUCCACAGUGUGCAAUAUCAAGUAAAAACAUCAUUGAUGGAGAUAUCGUAUUACUGACCUGUAUGUCUAAAGGUGGUGACCCUCCAGCAACCUUACAAUGGGACCAAGAUGGGAACAACCAAAAGGGCAUUCAAAUAGACGAGUCGACACUAUCACUGCAUGUCGACAUGAGCAACGAAAUCAAUGGUGCAACAUUCACUUGUACGUCCAAACACUCAACAUUUAACCAAUCACAGACGUGUGUGAUUGGACCACUGGAAGUUAGAAGUAGGGCAAUGAAACUUGAAGGUACACCAAAAGGCGAUAGCUGGAGUGUUGGAUUCGCGGUAGUCUUGGUAUUUUUAAUUAUUACAAUACUUAUUUUAAUAAUUCUAACAGUUCUUCUCGUGAGAAAGAAACAUAGAACAAAAACACUAAAUGUAACUAUCUGAUCGAUGAGUUGUGGCAGUAUUUCUACAUUCUGAUCAUAAUCAGGUAAUUGUUUCAUAACACUGCGGCAGUUCAAUUUGUACACGCAUGGCCGUAUUCCACUUUAAAUA